GUUACAGGUAGAGACAUCUCUGAUGUAUAUUUUUCUGAUAUCAAAACAUUAAAAACUGGAAAGUAUAUUUACCAUAAUUAUUAUUUCAUUUAAGGAAGGUAAUCUUGACUGAAAAAUGACUAUAACUUCUGAUACCAAAGAGAGUCUUAAUGAUUUGAAAGAAAAGUAUCAUAAAGUAGUGAAGCUAAUAAAAGAUGAAUCAAAAAAUGAUCCACCUAAUGAACCAUUCCUCUCUAAAUAUGCUGCGAAGGAAAUUUUACUUUCAAUGAAAGCAUCUAUUGAGAGUUUAUUGAAGAAUCAAGAACUGGACAAUUCAGAACGUAAAAAAUUACUUGCUAUGCUUGGUACGGUACAUAUCUUUCUUGGUACCAUAUAUAUAGAAAUUGAGGAUUCCUUAACUGCAGAAAAGCAUCUUAGUAAGUGCCUUGAAGUAAUCAAUGAUUUCAAGGAAGAGCAUGAAUAUAUAAGUAUUACUUUGAAUGCUUACAAUCAGUUUGGUAUAUUGUGGUUCAAAAAUGAACCUGAGAAGGGUAAAGUAUAUCUCUCAAAAUCAAUGGAAUUAUAUGAAAAAAACAAAAAUGAGUUGGAACCUCCAAAGUGUUUGGAUGAUUUUUUCGAACUCGAAUCUGAAUGUGUUGAAUCAGAAGAGUCAUGGAAAAGAUUUGAAAAAAUAUGUACAGCUACUUAUUAUUACCUUGCACAAAUAUAUGGCAGUUUGAGGGAUGCACUUAAGAGUGCAGUUUAUUGCCAUAUAACUUUAAAGAGACAACUUGUCUAUAAUGAAUUUGAGUUCAUUGAUUGGUCUUUAAAUGCGGCAACUUUAUCACAGUUUUUUGCUGAGCAAAAGGGUUUUAAACAAGCAAGACAUCAUUUGAGUGCUGCUUCCUACAUUCUCGAUAUGUAUAAGAAAGAGCUGGAUAAAAUUGAAGUUCAUGAUGAGAUGUAUGAAUAUAAAAUGGAAGAAUUUCAACAUAGGAGUGCAGAUGUUGCUCGUUGUUGGGCCCAAUAUGGUUCUAUUUUACUUUCUAAAUCAAAGGAAAGGUUACUUGCUGAAACAGAAAAAGAUGAACCUAACUACUUACCAUCUUCAACUGAUUUAGCAGAUAUAGAAAAUUCAGAUUCCACAGUAUCUAAAGAUGAUUUGAGCAAUUUGUAUUUUCAGACUUUGAAUCUACAAGAUUAUGAAAAGCAAGUUACAGAUGGGUAUGUCCUAACAUUGUCUGAAGCCAAAGCUGUGUUUUUGAAUGCCCAAAAUUGGUUGAUAAAAAGUCAGGAAUACUAUACUUUAGAGAAUUUAGCAUCUGAUUUUAUAGAUAUCAACCUAAGUCAUAGUCAGCUAUACCUGGAUUUACUAUUUUUUGAUGAUAAUGCUGACAAUCAAGCCAAAUAUCAAAAACGAAGAAUUGAUUUGAUGGAAACAGUAUUGGCAAAAAUAAAUCCUCUGUUCUAUUUGAGCCAUUGUAGAAAAAUCUGGUAUGAAGUUGGUAAUGCUUAUAUAAACCUUCUGGAUAUUAAGCUAGAUAAACAAAGAGAAUCUAAUGCUCGUCCUACAGCAAAUUCUCUUUUGAAAAUAAACAAUAUUAUUACUAAAGGGAUAAGGUACUUCACAGUAUUUUUAGAAUCUUUUGAGAGUAAACCCAAUCAGAUAAAGGACUAUUUGAUGGUCUAUGCUAGAUCACAGUUUUACAUAGGAGUAUUAUUUGGGAAGUUUAUAACUCUGGAUAAGAAUAAAAAACUUGAGAAUACAGAAUCUAGUUUGUCAGCAUAUCGUCAAGUUAUAGAAUUUUGUGAGAAGUACCCAGAUGCAAAGGAGCAAAUUAUGGUGGAAUUCGGAGUUUGUAAAGAAAUGGUGGAGUUACUUCCAGCAAAAAUUUGUAUAUUGAAGAGUGAAAUAGCUAAUAAGAAAAAUUAAUUGUAGGAUAAAAUUUAUGUUGCAUGAAAUAUAACAUAUAUAUAUAUAUAACAAUCAAAUUGUCAACCACAAUUCUCUGUGGUAAACCUCUGGUAUGCGAUUAGCGCUACUGUACAUUGUACUUGCGUAUAUAUCAGACAGAGGCAGUCGGGAGUGGAAUAACUACCUUAUGAGCAUACAUAUUUGUCAACAUCUAGUGAAUAAGCUAAUUCACCGAAUAUGUACGUAUAAAAUCUGAAAAUUGAGGCACAGUUGCUCAGUUCGGUAUUAAAGUUGAUCCUAGAUUAAUUUCGACAUUU